ACAUCUCUCCUAAGUCUUAACCAUCAGGAUGCCAGGCCACGGCAAUUCAGCAAACGGCGCAAAUCUAGCCAGGGACUUACUUGGGAAAGUCUCUAGAGUUUGAGCACUCUAUUGCUUAAGAAAACAGUGAAGGGUCCAUUUCGAUCCGCAUGUAGCAUGUGGUCAAAUACUUCCUCGCUAUACAACGACGAACGAAACAAGCAAACAAUAACUGUCACUGAAAACUUUCUACCGAAAAAAAAAAAAAAAAACUAUCACUGAAAUCUAUCGGAGACACCAACUUUGAUUUGAUGUUCCUCACCGAUCAUCUCAUCCCACCCAUCGAACAUUACGUUUCUCUGAUUCAAAAAUGCAUCUCAAGCAAGAACUUGAAGCUGGGCAUGUCGCUUCACUCUCGUCUCAUCAAGACCUCCCUCUGCUCAGACCUUUUCUUCGCCAACCACCUCAUCAACAUGUACUCCAAAUGCGGCUCCAUUGGCAGCGCCCGGAAGGCCUUCGAUGAUCUCCCCGUCAAAGAAACUCAUUGCUGGAAAGUUAUCAUCUCCGGGUACAGCUGGGCUGGCCAUUUCGAGGAAGCGCUGAACCUGUUCGACAGAAUGCCGCAACGGGAUAUUUCUUGCUUCAACGCCCUGAUGUCGGGAUUCUCCCGUCACGGGCUUCACAAAGAUUCUGUUUCCAUGUUCAGAAUUCUGCAGAAAGAGUAUCGCUAUGUCUGUAUGGAUGAGUACACAAUGGUGGGUAUAGUUGGGAAUUUCGCUUGCUUGGGUGCAUUGAUGCUCCUGCGCCAGGUUCAUGCAGUGGCUGUUGUUAUCGGGCUGGAAUUUAAUAGGAUCGUUUACAAUGCCUUGAUCAAUGCUUACGGAAAAUGCGGUGAACUGGAUGUGUCCCAUAAGUUGUUUGAUCUGAUGGCAGAUAGAGACAUGGUGACGUGGACUUCCAUGGUUGCUGCCUAUGCCCAGGCUGAUAGCUUAGAUGAUGCUCUCAGAUUAUUCGGUGAAAUGCCAAGUAAGAAUGCAGUUUCUUGGACUGCAUUGAUCAUGGGCUUUGUUCGGAAUGGGCGUGGUCUCGAAGCAUUGAAUCUUUUCUCCAGAAUGCAGGAAGAGGGUGUUCGGCCUGGCCCCUUCACAUUUGUUGGUGUCCUGAGCGCUUGUGCUGACCUGGCACUUAUUGAAAGGGGUAGACACAUUCAUGCCCAACUAAUCAGGUGCAGCACCAUCAACGAUUUUCGUAAUAUAUUUGUGAACAAUGCAUUAAUAGAUAUGUAUUGCAAGUGUGGAAGCAUGAGAGCAGCUGAAAUAUUGUUCGAGAGGAUGCUGGAGAAGGAUAUCGUGUCCUGGAAUUCUAUGAUUACUGGGUUCUCACGGAACGGCCUUGGGCAUAAAUCUGUUGCUAUUUUCAAGAAGAUGGUGGAAGAAAAUGUGAAGCCUAACAAUGUCACGUUUCUGGCUGUACUCUCAGCUUGCAGUCAUGCCGGUUUAGAUUUCGAAGCACUUAAAAUUCUGGACUCAAUGGAGAAGGAUUACGGUGUUUCCCCGAGAUCAGAUCAUCUUGCAAUCAUGGUUGAUUUGUUUGGGAGGAAAAAUAGACUCGAGGAAGCUAUGGAGAUUAUUGAGAGGGUACCGGAUAAAUCAAAUCAUGUCGGGCUGUGGGGUUCUUUUUUAGGUGCUUGUAGGGUGCACGGAAAUUUGGAUGUUGCUAGAAGAGCUGCAGAAGCAUUGUUUGAAUUGGAACCACGAAAUGCUGGGAGAUAUGUGAUGUUGUCAAACAUUUACGCUGCAGAUAAUAGAUGGGAUGAUGCGCGGAGAGUUAGGAAACUCAUGGAAGAGAGAGGCUUGAGGAAAGAUUUGGCAAACAGUUGGAUUGAGGUGAAGGAUGUUAGGCAUGAGUUUGCAGCUAAGGAGAGAUAUCAUGGUCAGAUAGACUGUGUUUAUGAUGUACUCAGCAGGCUAACUGAUCAUAUUAAGGAAUCCGGUUAUGUGCCCAAAACCAACAGCACAUACAUUUCGUUGGAUGAUGAUGGUUCAUGAAUACAAAAGAACCAAAUCGGUUCCUUCCUGGAUCACCUUUGGCAUGAUUUAACUGUGAACUUACACUAAAUUCUUUCCCAGAUGCUCCUAUUCCUUGCAAGAUGGUCGUAUAUGCACUGAAGGACCUAAAGGCAUCUAAUUAUCUUAGAUCGUGGAACUAUAAUUUCGGGCCACAUCUAGUCCAUUCUCCAGGCCAACUGUGGAGUAAAAGACCAAACGGUGGCUCAGAAACUUCUACUUCUGCCUGUCUAGCUCUCUUCUUCAGUCUGGCCUAAUUGUGCAUUAACAUAUACAGCUUCCAUCCCCAAAAUCAUCGGAGAUCUCAGGUCAGUGAAGUCGCCAAUUUAUUCAAUUUCAUGUAUAGAAAAAGCAUGUCUUAGAAAGAUAAGACUGUACAGGGUGACUUCCAAAAUUAUUAUCUCAUUGAUCUAAAUGAUUUUUUAAGUAGACAAGAAGAAUCGUGCUGUAAGAAAGAUUACAAUCGCUAUAUUGCAUUUCCACCAGUUCUCAUUUCCUUGAA